AUGGAAAAGAUCAAGGAGAAGCUCCACAUUGGCAGCAACCGCCGCCGGUCGCAGGCCGAGGACGAUAUUGCCGCUGGCUCCAGUAAUGUUGGGACUAUUGAGGAGAACCGUGACUCGAUCGACUCUGAACUCGCAGCGAUGCCUCCUCAAGAGCGCAUUGCUUACCUCAAGGAAUUCGAAGAGUCAGACAAGCACGAUGCACCAAGGAAGGGUGGUCUGAUUGAGAAGCUCAUUGCCCGUGGCAACAAGAAGACCGAAGACCAAAUCGAAGCAGAGACCAGGGAGCGCGAGCAACGCGAAAGGGCUCACCGCGAAGCCACACAUGCGUCCAUUGGCCCCGGCGUCGGUGCUAGCGCACACUCAGCUGCAGGGCCUGGUGGCCUGUAA